UAAAACUACAAAUACACGACAGUCGGUUAAUCUUCCUUAGCUUACAAACAAACAGACGGGGCACCAUCAUUCUGCCGUGUAUGUUUCGUCUUAUGACUUCAGAAAUGUGAAAAUAAUCUGGUUUCAGAAUGUUCAUCAAAAUUCGCUAUGGUAAUGAUGAAUUAAUAUUGUGCAACCCACAAUGUAGUGUCAACAAUUUGCUUGACAGUAUUACGACACGUUGCGGUAUGAAAUGUUUUGGUAGAAUACUGGAUUUGUCAGACGAGACAGGUAUAUUACUAUUAUACUUGUAAAAAUCUCACAGCUUGUCAACAGGAUGCGUUCGCAGUGCACUGCCUGUUCCCAGUGGUUGAAAAAUCUGGAACAAGUUGUUAUCGUCUUGUAACAAGGCAAUCUCGUGACAUAUAGAGCCUGCAUGCAUCGGAUUCGGAUGGAAAAGGUUGAUGAGGCUAACAGACUCGCAAGUUGUUCCAACAAGUCUGAUUCGUCUGUAAGUAACAAGUCAGUUGAUAACAAACUUGUGGCAACUUGUUACGAACACCCUGUAUUAGUCUUGUUGGAACAAUUCGUAGCAAGUCUGUUACCGUCAUCAACCAUGCGAACACAUCCUUGACAACAACCUUGUUACAACUUGUUUUAGUGCAGAUCUGUAGCAACUUGCGCGUUUUUACGGCGUGUGUAUUGGCCACAACUAUGAUGCAAUAAGCUGUCACGAUUUGUGUUUGGACUAUCAGAAAACAUUAACAACAUUUCGACGUUUCGAACGUCCUUCAUAUAACGAGGCCUCCGUCGAAGUAUUUUCAUUCGUAUUCAUAAUUUGUUCAUUGAACACAUUACUUUUUGCGCCAAGUAUAUUACAGUGGCUAGUCAGUGCAUAGUUAAUAUAGAAGACCUCUAUAUUAACUAUGGUCCUCUAUAUGCAUGGUUUUCACCUCGCUGCCACCGAGAUUAGAUUCCUGCAAUAUGAAUGAGUCAUAUGGAUGAGUGUUUUGAUAUUUACAACUUCGCCUCAUUUGUCACGGGGGCCAAUAUUCGCCAUUUUAUUUUGGGGUGCCAAUGUCCGCCUUCCCCCAUCAGAGAAUUUAGCCGACUUUUCCGAGUUGAAACUGCAUGUAAAUUUACCAUUGCACACACGACUAUACAGUCUUAGAAAGAAGCAUUUCGCGGUGCGACACUCUCAGACUUGAGAGGGGCAGUACCCUAGUGCAAAAAUGCCGGCUGAUAAGCCGAGCGUGAGAAUAAGGCUAAUUCCACAGGCGUUCUCCCGCAGAUAGUCCUGUUUCGGCAACGUAAAAGUUGGACCUCUAGAGAGGAGAGUUCAGGCAGAACGUGUAUAGAAAAAGCUGUUCAGAAUGAAUAUGAUAAAAGUUUUGUUUAUAGAUGCCUAAAACGGUUUUACGUAUCCUAAUUUGUUACCAUGGCGAAUAGCGUCUCUAAAUUGUGUCUUUGAAAGAAGAUUGCUAAGGCUAAUUUACAAUAUAAAAGUUGCCUUGGUCACGGUUUUUGGGUGGCAACUUUUCUAGAACAGGAAUAGUAAGCAGCUAGUGAAAAUGAAACUUUCUAUAAUUAUAUAGUUGUAAGUAUAAUCAUUAUAAAUCGAUUUACAGUUAACCCAAAAAUGGCGGAUUUAGACCUCGUGAGAAAGGCUAAUUUCAUCGUUGAGGUAGUCAUUCAGGGAUGUCUUUCCCAGAACGGAGGAAAUGUUAUUUCAGAUCGGAGAUCUACUGAGAUUUCAGAUGUGACAGAUUUUAUUGUGAAAGAGUGGAUACUUUUGCGUAAUCCACGUAUAUGCAUGCUAAUCCACGUAUAUGCAAUGUUAAAAACCGAAGUUUAGUAAAUGUGCAUAUAUAUAUAUAGACUAAUGUGACGUAUUUUUGAAAACUUGUAGUUUAAUUUCUUGUGAGGACACGCGAGAGACACGAGAGCGCGCGCGAUGCGAGAAACACAACCGCCAUUGUUGUUAGAAUUUAUCAUUUGUCAACUCGUUGCAUGCAUGUUUUGUAUCGUUUGAAUAUAUUACAUUAUACCGAAUAUUGAGCCUUUAAAUCCUAAAUAUCUUAGAGCUAAUACAGGCCCAGCUAAUGACUUGGCAGAACUAUACCCCCCCCCCCCCCCGGGGUGUUUGGGGUGCCAAUGUCCGCCUUCCCCCAUCAGAGAAUUUAGCCGACUUUUCCGAGUUGAAACUGCAUGUAAAUUUACCAUUGCACACACGACUAUACAGUCUUAGAAAGAAGCAUUUCGCGGUGCGACACUCUCAGACUUGAGAGGGGCAGUACCCUAGUGCAAAAAUGCCGGCUGAUAAGCCGAGCGAGCGAACUAAACCUGUGGUGUUUGGCACUGGUAGAGUAAAACUGGAAUCAAUCUUAAAUUUUAUACUGCAGAAAAAACUACAGAAAUGAAACAAUGGUAAAUGUACUAAUUAUAGUGCAACUAGCCUGUGCACAAACUGUAAAUACGCUUUUAUUACAAGUGCAACCAACAUUGUUUGUUUUAAUUUAGGUUUGGUUUUGAGGUUAAACGAUCAUCGAGAAGAGUACGCAGACCUUUAUCUUAAGAAUCAUUCAACAUACAUACUCGUCGAAAAGCAAGAACCCCUAAACACUACAGAGGAAGACAUCCCCCUCUCCCCCCUCUCAGACCAUCAUGCUCUACAAGACGGCUACUUGACAGGCUAUAUUCCUCUUCUUCAAAACUGUUCAACACUAUUACCUAAGUUUAAACUCCGUGUUGCCAUCGAAACUGCAAGCCCACUCCGCCACCCUAAAAGUCCUCGACCUGCAAGCAAGGCUAAUGGCGGACAUGGUCCAAAUAAGUCACCCAGCAGGAAAACUAGACGCACGAAGGAUACCAAGACGAAAACUCCAAAAGAAUCACGUUGACGUUUUCAGAUCAACUGGUGUAUGACUGGUGUUAGACCAAAUUACAUAUCGAUAGAACUCUACACACGGAAAAAUAUCUCGUAUCUUAUCAACAGAAUGUGUUUCUAAAUAGCUUUAGUUAUUAUAGAAUUUUUUCAAAUAAUAUUCUAUCCUGGUU